AUGAUGGAACAAUUUCUGGAGACUGUUCGCUUGUUCCCCUUUCUAUAUGAUAAAACUCACCCGGAGUACAAAGAUAAGGACGCCAAAAUGAACCGGUGGGCGAUCAUCGGCAGAACAUUCGAUCUGACUGCACGGAAACAAGUUGCUCAUCUUUUCAUUUUGCAACCUUUCUUGGUGAUAAACAGUGGCAUUUCUGUAGGACCGCAAGCAGCCGCAAAAUUUAAAAAUGUCAAGGAUCGUUGGCUCAAAAUUGUGUCGGCGUCGGAGGGGGCCCGGAAAAGUGGCGCCGGAGGAGAGGCCGGAAAGGUCCACACGAAGUGGGCACUUUUCGACAUCGUGGACGGCAUGCUGAGGCACACACCACAUUAUGCGGAAAGCUCCAUUCUGCCAUCUCCACUGUCAACCAACAGCCCUUCCAGUCCGGGACUGGUGGCCAGGUACUCUGACAGCCCCAAUGACUUCACUGAUGAAGACGAUUUGAGUGAAAGAUGUCUUGGGCAGCUGCUCAGCUACGCUGUUAGAACUAAAAAAAAACAUGAAAUGCCUGCACCGACAGAUGACAGCCAUGAGGCAGCAAACUGGAUAGCUGCUAAGCUGCGGAUGCUACCACACAAAAAAAGAUGCGAGGUGACAUUCAAGAUCCACAAGCUGCUGUACGAAGCCGAAAUGGAGCAGUAUGAAUAAAUGAAAUGUAAAGUGCAAGCAAUCGAAAGCAUUUUUCUAUGAAAGCAAGCA